UGGCCAAAAUACAGCAGCAAUUGGACCAGCGCAUUGUGUGUUGCCAAGGUGGAUGCUGCCGAGCAUUUUCAAAUAUUAUCUGUUUUUGGAUGAUGAAACACCGGACAAUGGACAAUCCAGAGUAUCUGCGGUGUUUUCGUCAAUCUGUUCAAAAUACGGUGCUCAAAAUUGUUAUUUGCUCAAAAUUAAUUCGAAAUACGAUGAUGAAUUGACGGAUCCAUGGCGUACACAUCUGGAAUCGAAAUAUCGUGGCCUCGAAAAAGGCCUUGUGCUUGCCAAAGAAAAAGUCCUCUCAAAAACGGUCGGACUAAUCGACGGAAUGAUGAAUUCGGCCGGCGGCUGUACGAAUUCGAGCGGUUCACCGCCAAUUCAUGGGCAGUGCCUAAGCUACGAUGAUCGUGAGAAUGUGACACGAAUGAUGGAAUGCAUGGUACGCAAUGCACUGAUCCCAUUUGUGGAAGCACAAAUGCGUUUACUGAACGAGCAAGUGAUUGCACGACGUGGUAUCAGCAAAUCACUAACAACCGGUGUACGUAAAUGGUUUGGAGCGGCUGCUGCUCAACAAACUGCCGCCGUAUCGUAUGUUUCAUUCAUAAGCCUUUUUUUGGGAAUUUGGGGGGAGGGGGGAUGGGAGCGGGGAAAGGAAGGGGGAGGGGAGAAGAAGGGAAAGCACGACGGGGGGAGGAGAGCGGAGGGGACUUAA